GAUACCUCGACAGCCCAAAACUCAAAAGACCAAAGGAUGAAUCGGGCCAACUUACUUCGUACUAUAACGUCAAAGCCCCCCGGACCCACCGAGCCCACCGAACCAGCCCGUGACGAGCGUGAACCAUGGAAAUCUUACCAGUACCGUUCUUUGAAGCUGUACAGCUUCAUCUUUUUUUCCUGAUUAGGCACCUGGACAGAGACCGCUUUGACCUGUCAUGUCUGACGUGGAUCGAUUCAUUGAUGCAUCCACGUAUUCGGUGAGUAUUUUAUCCUGUCUGAUAAUAUACGACUGGUCGGGUUUUGGAGGGGCCACGCAGGAACAGUCAGACAGUCAGGAACCCGAGUCAGACUCCGUCGAGACUAGACGGGUACCUGAACACUAACCCAGUAACCCUAGUCAAUACAGUAUACCCAGUACUGGUACGGUAAAAUCAGCUACCUCCCAUACUAACUACUACGUAGUAGGUAGAACUAAGGAUGGUUCAGGGGGAUCAUCC